UCAGACUUCAUAUUUCGCUUUCGCUUUUCGCUCGCUCCUGUUGUAUCCAUUUUCUGGAAGAACAACCGCAGAAUUUGCAUCAGACAUUGUUUUGCUACUUGUUAAUUUGAGUCGACUCAGGAUAAAGUUUUCCUUGAAAUCUAUCAUUUGAAAGACGAAAAGAGAACUGUGGUGCUCAUUAUGAGUUCAAUGGAAAUGAAUGAUAAUGAUUCUGAACUGCUGAAUGAUAACAGUGUUUCAAAUGAUUCAGCAGCAGAAGAUAUAUCUGAUUCUCAACAGCAGACAGCAACAGCAGAAGACAAAUCUGAAGGUCUUCCUCAACGAAAACUGAAGCUAAAUAGAAGAGGUUUUCAUAUGGCAGAUAUGAAUAAUGAAAAUCCUGAUGCAGGUGAAGAAAAUGCUAAUUCCUCAAAUGUUGUUGAAGCUGAAGUCAAAAGCGAAAAAAAAAUUAUUAAAUUGACGUAUGCAAAUGGAGGUGUGGGCAAAUUUUGGAACAAUGGUAACAAAAGUGCCCGUGAAAAAGCAGGUACAUCAAGUUCUGCUGGCUAUAUCUCAAGUUCUGCUGUUGCAUCAAGCUCAACUACUGCAUCUAGCUCAAAUGCAGCAUCUAGUUCAACUGCACAUAGAUCCAGGAGUGUUUAUGUGACAGAUAAGAAUGUUACUGUAAAUGUCGGGAAUGUCAGCGAGGCAACUGAACCACCCAAGAAAAAGCAUAAGCCUAUCACCUGGCCAUGAAGAGAAAUGUGCCAAAGUUUACUGUGAUUUAUAUUUCAGGAACUAAUACCCUUUUUAUGUUUUUUUAACAGCUGUUGCUGUAAACAUUUUUAUGUGUAUUUACAUGCAUUUUAAUGUUUGUAUGUUUGGACAUGUAAUGUUUCAUCUCAUUUUUAUCCAAAUUUACUAUUUUAACAUUAUUAAAAAUCUCUUCAUUUUGUUUUUGUUUUGAACUAAGUUGCUGUUUUUUAUGUUAUACAUAUAUAAUAUUCUCCAUAUGUGAACUAUUAUAAUGCAUUGCAUAUAUUUAUCCUUGAAAACUCAGCAAAAUUAAAUUUUACCAGCAUAAAGUAUUUCUUGAAAUCUGUGAUUUGCUUCUCAACCAAACACACUUCUAAAGGAAUAAAAUAUUCAAAAUUACUUUUGAUAAUGGCACACUAAUGUUAAAGUUUGAAAGUUGGAACAUAUUUGAUACUGCAAAAGUGACAUGUAAUUGUUAUUUUUUUUAAAAAUAUGCCCUGUCAAGUGAAUGUUUAGGUAUACCUAUUUAUUGUUGCAAUUCAAGUGUCAGUUUCCUUAAUUUUGAAAUUUCAUUACUUCACAUUUUAAAAUCUGCUGUUAAGUAUUUGAAGCGUCAGACUCUGAAACAAAGUUUUGAUCAGAAAGAAAAUAAAGCAGUCCAGUUUGGUGGCAACACAUGACAGGAGAAGUAGUUGAUACUAAGAUUUUAAAAUAUUCGAAUAAAAGUUGGUUUGUUGUUCAUUGUUGAAAUUUGUGGAUAUUGAAAAACCAUAAAACGAUUUUAAUUAAAGACGCAGUUGAUUUUCAAUGAGUGUGUCAUUUAAUUCAUUAUCAUUAAGCUCUUGCAUGUAUUUUUAAGUGUUUAGAAUUUUCUUAUUAAGUAUGUGGAAUUAGCACAAAUGAAACUUGUCCUGUGAUUCUGAUAUGAAAACUAAAUAUUUCUAUUUGUUUUUUCUGUUCAAUUUCUUUAUCCAUCAAGUCUUUUAUUUUGGAAAGAAGUUAGUUAUUAUUCUUUGCUGUAAUAUAUAUCUCAUCUCCAUUAUGUAUUUGUAAUUUUGGAGAAGUAUUUUCAUAUUAGUUAAAUUGAAUGAUUGCAAAACUUUUUUAUGGUUCAUCUUCUGAUAAAAUUUUACUCAAAGAAAUAGAAUGUAAUGAAACUUUUUGAUAUUUUAUGAAUAUUUCAUUAUCUUUUAUAAGCUAUAAUUUAGAUCCAUUUUCAAAGUUUUCUGUGGUUGAUUUUUUGAAAUCAUCUCGGAAUUCGUGUUAUAGAUGGCAUAUAAUUUUCAUCAACAUUUAACAGAGAGCAAUUCCUUUGUUUGAUGAUCCAUAGUGUAUUGGUUGUGAUUCAUACUUGCAUUUAAAUAUUUUCAAUGUGCAUAAGAUAUGCUCAACAUUUUUUUGUGCUUGUUAAAACAUUUAUUACAUUUACCAAUGUAAAUAAUCGUGGAGAUCAAGAGUCCCUCUUGAAACUAUUAUCCCCAUUGCAAGUAGCAUUUACAUCUAUCACAUUAUGCAAAUGUCUAUAACCUAAUUGAAGUUGUAAUUUUUUCUCAUUUCAAGAUUACCUUGUGAUUUAAGUAGUUGAAACAGUGACCCACGACUCUGUCUUAUGUUCAAAAAUGAACUCAUCACAUUCAAAGUUAAUUUUAAUAAAUAUAAACAAUUGAACAAUCUCUCAUCUGGCAAAGGCUGCAUAUGAAGGCCAGGCAACUUACUAACUUAGUAACCCUCUUUUGAACCUGCAUGAGUAAGGGUAACAUUUUUCUGAAAGAAAGGAAGCCAUCUCUUUUUUUUUCCUUGAGUGCUAACGUUUGUUAAUUACUUCUUUCAAAAUAUUUUAAAGUUACAGCCAUACCCCUUUUUGUUGUCUUCAAAUUAUAUUUGUUUUAUUGAAACAAAUGGGCAUAAAUUGUAAACUAGUUUAUUUUGAAAUUUUGAUUUUUUAUCUACUAGUAUUUGUCUGUUUAAAGGCUCUGUAUAAGUUUUCAAAAAAAGGGGGGGGAAUGUUUGCAGUAUAUCAAAUUUUGCACAGGUUGCAUUUAAAAGCGAAGCAACAUGAAUGAUCUCAAAACAAAUAUAAGUGCUUGUUAUAUUCUCCAAAUUUUAGUGUUUCUGGUUUUACCAUUAUUGCAUUGGUUUCUUAAAAUAAGUUUAAAUUAGUUCAAACUGUUUGAUUAACUUUUUAUGCAUGUAAAUUCUGAAUUAACUUGACACUAUGUUCUGCUGAUUUUAUAAUCAAAAUUACUCGUAAAGACAUUCUUUUGAAAAUUUUUGCGCUGAAUAUUUCCAACAAGGUUCCUAUUAUUGUUUUAUGGGGCAACGUAUACAGUUUGAUUGAAAAAUUUAUUUACUGAAUUAUUGGCUGAUAAAUUUCAUGAAUUUUUCUUAUUGUUUAAAUUUGACAUGUUACUAAGAAUAUCUGAGGUUUAUACGAAACCUUUUUAUGCAAUCAGUAGAUAAAGUACUGCUCAAAUUAGGGUCUCUUUUUCUACUUGAGGAUCCUAUUAACUGAUUUGUAAUAUAAUGUCUUUUUUUUAUUGUGAAAUGACAAGUUCAAAUUCUUAAAAUGCAGGAGAAAAACAGUUUGGGUAUUGUUAAAAUUUUGGUCGAUAUUGAUCGUUAAAAAUAUGGCACAGUUUCAGUCCAUAUAUCUUUCCAGUUCCUUUCUUGUUUUGAUUCCUUUAUAGAAAAAGAUCUCGUACAUAAAUUGCAUUCGCUGAAAAUUAUGACAUAUUGUAAUGAGUGAUGCAAUUAUGUAUAUAAGGGAUAAGAGAUGUUAUGUUGAGGGAAUAUAGAGAAAUAUAUGCAAUGUUCAAUAUUAGUAGCAAGUAGUUCAAUAAUGAAUGGAAAGUUUUCAUUAAAAUUAUCUAUUUCAUGUAAUUUUUAAAGUCCUGAUUUCUACUUCUGUUACAUGUUUCAAAAUGCAGUAUGUUUUGGUACUUUCUUCAUAGUGAUGGUUAAUGCUUAUUCUUGUAAGCUAGAUGUGUUGCAUGUAUUAUGUAUUUACUUAUUCAACAGUAAUUUGUGCAACUAUUCAUCAAUUCCUUGUUAUGUUAACUCUUUGUUAAGCUUUUUUAUACCUUACACAUUUUGGGAUAAAAAUAUUACAUCUCAUUUUCUCAUGUUAGUGUACUAAUCUCAAAAUGUACAAUGGUUUUUUACUAAGUCUUUAAAACCACACAUUUUGCAUGUUGCAUUUAUCUCGAGAUAAAGUUGGCGUAUUUUUG